UGGAGUUCCAUUGGAACCCCGCGCUGCAUUCCAUUCCCUACCAUUCCCUUCAUGCUGGGCAGCAGCGGCGGCGGCGGCAACGGCGGCAGCAGCAGCAGCAGCAGCAGCAGCGACACGGGCAAGGAGGCUCCGAACCCCGAGUUGCAGCGUGGGGGGCUGCUUGGCGUGGAAUGUAAAUGAUGAUGGCUGGCUCGUUCGAACCGAGCGCCGAGGCAAACUGGCCAUGUAGAAUGCCAGCAUCCAUAAUGUCCUGAAUCUGGAAACAAGUGGAAAAAAAGAAGUUCAUCCACAGGAAUUCACUCUCUCCCGCCCUCCAGUUUUUGGUUUGGUUCUUGUUUAUUUCAUAGUUAGAUUAAUGCAUUGCUGGAUGUGACUCUUCCACCAUGUGGCUUCUGAGGCUAAAGCACCAUUUGUCAAUUAAUAUUUGGACCCUGCUGCUUCUGGGUAGUUCUUGGUUGCCAUUGGCAAAAAGCACUACCAAAUCUUCCUCCCCUUUUAUGACUUUCCAAGUCACAGACUGGAGUUUGACACACUUGGUGGUCCACAACAAAACUGGGGAAGUAUAUGUGGGUGCUGUCAACCGGAUCUAUAAGCUUGCAAACAAUCUGACUGAAAUGCGCACACAUGUGACGGGUCCAGUAGAUGACAAUGAGAAGUGUUACCCACCACCUAGUGUGCAGUCUUGCCCACAUGGGCUAGUCAGUACCAACAAUGUCAAUAAAUUGCUGCUGGUGGAUUACUCUGGGAAUCGUCUGAUAGCCUGCGGCAGUGCUUCGCAAGGUAUCUGCCAGUUCCUACGCUUGGAUGAUCUCUUCAAGUUGGGUGAGCCACACCACCGCAAGGAACACUACCUUUCUAGUGUCAAUGAGUCAGGAACAAUGUCUGGUGUUAUAAUUGAAGUGCAGAAUGGACAAAACAAGCUUUUCAUUGGAACUCCCAUUGAUGGAAAGUCUGAGUAUUUCCCUACUCUGUCCAGCCGUAAACUGAUGGACAGUGAAGAGAAUGCAGAGAUGUUUGGCUUUGUUUAUCAAGAUGAAUUUGUCUCCUCUCAGCUCAAAAUUCCAUCAGAUACACUCUCCAAGUUUCCCACAUUUGAUAUCUAUUAUAUCUAUAGUUUCAGUAGUGAGCAGUUUGUCUAUUACCUAACACUGCAGCUGGACACCCAACUUACCUCACCAGACUCUACAGGAGAGCAGUUUUUCACCUCAAAAGUUGUCCGGCUAUGCGUGGAUGACCCCAAGUUCUACUCCUAUGUGGAAUUUCCCAUUGGUUGUAUUCGAGAUGGCAUUGAGUAUCGCUUAAUUCAGGACGCUUACCUCAGUAAGCCUGGAAGGGCCUUGGCCAAGCAACUGGGCAUUUCAGAGCAGGAGGACAUUCUCUUCACAAUCUUUUCUCAGGGGCAGAAGAAUAGAGUCAAACCACCAAAAGAAUCUGUCCUCUGUCUUUUCACAUUGAAGAAGAUCAAAGACAAGAUCAAGGAACGUAUCCAGUCUUGCUACCGUGGAGAAGGGAAGCUUUCUCUGCCCUGGCUUUUGAAUAAAGAAUUAGGCUGCAUAAAUUCACCCUUGCAAAUAGAUGAUAAUUUCUGCGGACAAGAUUUUAAUCAACCGUUGGGUGGAACUGUCACAAUCGAAGGUGUGCCACUCUUUGUGGACAAGGAAGAUGGCAUGACAUCAGUGGCUGCUUAUGACUACCAUGGACACACAGUUGUUUUUGCUGGUACACGAAGUGGCAGGAUAAAAAAGAUCUUAGUUGAUCCUGCCAAUCCCAUUGGACAUUCAGCCUUGCAAUAUGAAAAUGUGAUAGCCCAUGAUGGCAGUCCAAUUUUGCGGGAUUUAGUGCUGAGCCCUGAUCUGCAAUAUCUUUAUGCCAUGAGUGAGAAACAGGUGACUCGCGUGCCAGUGGAAAGCUGUGAGCAAUAUACAACAUGUGCACUGUGCCUGGGUUCUAGAGAUCCUCACUGUGGUUGGUGUGUCCUACAUAAUGUCUGUUCUCGGAAGGAGCGUUGUGAUCGAGCUGAUGAACACCAACGUUUUGCCUCAGAUCUGCACCAGUGUGUUCAACUUACCGUUCAGCCUAAGAAUAUAUCAGUCACCAUGUCGGAAGUCCCGCUGGUUUUGCAAGCUUGGAAUGUUCCUGAUCUCCUGGCUGGUGUGAAUUGUUCCUUUGAAGAUUUCACUGAAUCUGAAAGCCGCAUUGAAGAUGGCAGAAUCUACUGUAGUUCUCCAUCUACAAAAGAUGUGAUACCUAUUACCAGAGGACAAGGUGAUAAGCGAGUGGUAAAGCUUUAUCUUAAAUCCAAAGAGACAGGGAAGAAGUUUGCAUCUGUGGAUUUUGUAUUUUACAACUGUAGUGUUCAUCAAUCCUGCCUGUCCUGUGUGAAUGGAUCCUUCCCUUGCCACUGGUGUAAAUAUCGUCACAUUUGUACUCACAAUGCAGGAGACUGUUCGUUCCUUGAAGGCCGUGUAAACAUGUCUGAGGACUGCCCACAGAUCCUUCCAAGCACCCAGAUCUAUAUCCCUGUUGGUGUGGUGAAGCCUAUCACUUUAACCGCCAAAAACCUGCCACAGCCACAGUCUGGACAGCGCAAUUAUGAAUGCAUCUUCCAUAUCCCUGGGAACCCCUCCCGUGUUACUGCCCUGCGUUUCAACAGUAGCAGCAUCCAAUGUCAGAAUACCUCGUAUUUCUAUGAAGGGAAUGACAUCAGUGACCUCCCAGUGAACCUUUCUGUUGUGUGGAAUGGAAACUUCAUAAUUGACAAUCCCCAAAAUAUCCAAGCUCACUUGUACAAGUGCUCAGCUCUGCGAGAAAGCUGUGGGCUGUGCCUGAAGGCAGAUCCACGCUUUGAGUGUGGUUGGUGUGUGUCAGAAAAACGAUGUUCCCUCCGUCAACACUGCCCACUAUCGGAAAGCAGCUGGAUGCAUGCAAGCAAUGGCAAUAGCCGUUGUGCAGAUCCCAAAAUCCUUAAGUUGUUUCCUGAAACAGGCCCCCGGCAAGGUGGGACUCGGUUAACCAUCAUUGGUGAGAACUUGGGCCUGAAGUUUGAAGAUGUACGCAUGGGUGUACGGGUUGGGAAAGUGAUAUGUAUCCCCAUUGAAAGUGAAUAUAUCAGUGCUGAGCAGAUCGUCUGUGAGAUUGGAGAAGCCAGCCCCAGCAAAAUUCAAGAUGCUCCUGUAGAAGUGUGUGUCAGAGAUUGUUCUCCCAGCUACAAGGCUAUAGCUCCAAAAAGCUUCACAUUUGUGGCUCCUACCUUCUCACAAGUCAUCCCAUCUCGUGGGCCUCUUUCUGGGGGCACCUGGAUUAGCAUCAGAGGAAGACAUCUCAAUGCAGGAAGUAACAUCACAGUGACCAUUGGAGGACAACCAUGUGCUUUUGCAGGGAGAAAUGCUGGUGAAAUUCAAUGUAGGACCCCAUCUGGUCAGAUUCCAGGUAGUUCAGCCAUCCUCAUUCAUAUAAAUCGAGCUGUCCUUAGCAGUGCUGAUGUUACAUAUUAUUAUACUGAGGAUCCCACAAUCCAAAAGAUAGAACCUGAAUGGAGUAUCAGAAGUGGUGGGACAUUACUGACUGUGACGGGCACCAACCUGGCCACCAUCAAAGCACCCAGAAUCCGAGCCAAAUAUGGCACUGCUGAGAAGGAGAAUAACUGUACAGUCUACAAUGAUACCAUCAUGGUGUGUUAUGCUCCUUCCAUUGAUAACCCAGUCAAGAGCCCUUCAGAACUUGGUGAUCGACCAGAUGAGAUUGGCUUUAUUAUGGACAAUGUUCAAGCCUUGUUGAUCAUCAACAGAACUAACUUUAUCUAUUAUCCAGAUCCUGUGUUUGAAUCCUUGCCAUCUGGUAUGUUGGAGCUCAAGCCAAGUUCUCCUCUUAUCCUCAAGGGCCGUAACCUGCUCCCACCAGCACCUGGUAAUUCCCGGUUAAACUACACUGUACUCAUUGGAGACACUCCGUGUGCUCUUACUGUUUCUGAAACUCAACUGCUCUGUGAAUCCCCAAACCUCACAGGACAACAUAAAGUGACGAUUAAGGCUGGGGGGUUUGAGUUCUCUCCAGGGACGCUGCUGAUCUAUUCUGACAAUCUGUUGACUUUACCAGCCAUUAUUGGCAUUGGUGGAGGAGGCGGACUUCUCUUGCUCAUCAUCAUAAUUGUCCUUAUUGCAUACAAACGGAAGUCUCGAGAUGCUGACCGUACCCUUAAACGUCUCCAGUUGCAAAUGGAUAACUUGGAAUCACGGGUGGCCUUGGAAUGCAAGGAAGCUUUUGCCGAGCUGCAGACUGAUAUCCAUGAGCUGACCAAUGACUUGGAUGGGGCUGGCAUCCCCUUUUUGGAUUAUUGCACCUAUGCCAUGAGAGUCCUCUUUCCAGGAAUAGAAGACCACCCUGUCCUGAAAGAAAUGGAGGUCCAGGCCAAUGUGGAGAAGUCUUUGACGCUCUUUGGGCAGCUCUUGAACAAAAAGCACUUUCUGUUAACGUUUAUUCGAACCUUGGAGGCCCAACGCAGCUUCUCCAUGCGCGACCGGGGUAAUGUGGCCUCUUUAAUUAUGACAGCCCUACAGGGUGAGAUGGAAUAUGCCACUGGAGUGUUGAAACAGCUUCUUUCAGAUCUGAUUGAAAAGAAUUUGGAGAGCAAGAACCAUCCCAAAUUGCUCUUGAGGAGGACUGAGUCUGUGGCUGAAAAAAUGCUAACCAACUGGUUCACAUUCCUUCUGUAUAAGUUCCUAAAGGAAUGUGCAGGUGAACCUCUGUUCAUGUUGUAUUGUGCCAUCAAACAGCAGAUGGAGAAGGGGCCUAUAGAUGCCAUCACUGGAGAAGCCCGCUAUUCCCUAAGUGAAGACAAGCUCAUCCGGCAACAAAUUGACUACAAAAUGUUGACAUUAAACUGUGUGAAUCCUGAAAAUGAAAACGCUCCUGAAAUUCCAGUCAAGGUCCUAAAUUGUGAUACCAUCACACAAGUGAAGGAAAAGUUGUUGGAUGCUGUGUACAAAGGUGUUCCAUAUUCCCAAAGACCCAAAGCAGGAGACAUGGACCUGGAGUGGCGGCAGGGCAGGAUGGCUCGGAUAAUUCUUCAAGAUGAAGAUGUCACCACAAAGAUCGACAAUGACUGGAAAAGACUCAACACUCUAGCUCAUUACCAGGUAACAGAUGGUUCAUCUGUGGCACUGGUGCCCAAGCAGAACUCUGCCUACAACAUUUCCAAUUCCUCUACUUUCACAAAAUCACUCAGCAGAUAUGAGAGUAUGCUCCGGACAGCUAGCAGCCCUGACAGUCUCCGUUCCCGGACCCCCAUGAUCACACCUGACCUGGAGAGUGGCACCAAGCUAUGGCAUCUGGUGAAGAAUCACGAUCACAUGGAUCAACGAGAAGGUGAUCGUGGCAGCAAGAUGGUCUCAGAAAUAUAUUUGACUCGUCUGUUAGCUACUAAGGGAACUUUGCAGAAGUUUGUGGAUGACCUUUUUGAAACUAUCUUCAGCACAGCCCACCGAGGGAGUGCCUUGCCUCUGGCCAUCAAGUACAUGUUUGACUUCCUGGAUGAACAAGCUGAUAAGCACCAGAUCAAUGACUAUGAUGUCAGGCACACUUGGAAGAGUAACUGUCUACCUCUGCGUUUUUGGGUGAAUGUGAUUAAGAACCCACAAUUUGUGUUUGACAUUCAUAAGAACAGUAUUACUGAUGCCUGCCUAUCAGUGGUGGCUCAGACAUUCAUGGACUCCUGCUCAACUUCUGAGCACAAACUAGGGAAAGACUCUCCCUCCAAUAAACUACUGUAUGCCAAGGACAUCCCUAACUAUAAGAGCUGGGUAGAAAGAUAUUAUGCAGAUAUAGCUAAAAUGCCAGCAAUCAGCGAUCAGGACAUGAGUGCCUAUUUGGCAGAGCAGUCACGGUUACACUUGAGCCAAUUCAACAGCAUGAGUGCCCUGCAUGAGAUCUACUCAUACAUUACUAAAUACAAGGAUGAGAUUUUAGCUGCUUUAGAGAAGGAUGAACAGGCCCGAAGACAACGGCUGCGAAGUAAGUUGGAGCAGGCAAUUGACACAAUGGCCCUAAGUAGCUGAAAAGGCCGAAUUGUUGUUGCAGACUUCCUAGCAGCAGAGGCAAAAAGAGAAAGGGGCAAGCAAGUUGCAGCAACAAGAAAACACACAAGAUCUAUUGGGGCUCAGCACAAAACAGUGCACAGAGUCUGCUGCGUCUUUGAACCUUUUGCACCGAUUGAACAGAAGAAAAUCAAACAAUCCUUUAAAUCAUUGUUAUCAAAGCAAAUUGAAACAAUUUAAGGACCUUUUUGAAAGGAGCGACUGACGUGGCAAAGAACCUGAGAGACCCAAGAGAUGUGUGAGAAGAGCCCGGGGGAAGAAAUUCCAGCUGAACUGCUACUGUCCCUUCCCCACCAAGGCCUGCCCCAAAUCUGGCAAAGGAAGGUUGGGGCAUGCACUAACUUCUAGGGCAAUGUUUUUACAUUACGUUUUUCUUAUAGCAGGCGGGUGGGGCAGUCUUAUCAUUUUUUUUCCUUCUGUAUUUGCUUCGAUUCCCGCCUUGACUGGACAACUCAACUCUUCAAUCUACUCCUCCUUUCUUUCUCCCUGGCCUCUACUGCCUCUAGUGUUAACUGCUAAAUUUGCACAAUUUUCACAAGCUAAUGCUGUCCUGUUAGGGGACUGAAAGGAUAUGGAGGGGAGGGAGGUUGCAAAUCUGCAAGAAAUCUUUGCAAGAUUUUCCCCCCCCAACAAAUGAUUGGUGUGGGAGAGAAAUGAGGGUGAGUAGAACCUAGAGAAGCAGUCCCAGGCCUCCUUUAUUCUUUCUACAGUUCAUCCUGUGCCAUUUUAAAAUGUUAUUGAGCACAGGCCAAAUAAAUGCUCUCAUUUUGAAUGCUGCUUAAGAGUGUGCUGGAGACUUAGGAACAGGAAGACAAAUAAAAAGCCUAAAAUAAAAAAAGAGAGAUAGGCACAUAUGAAAACAAGCUCGCCUAAAGGAAGAUUUUUCUCAUCUAUAAGAAGCAAUGCAACUUCCCAAUACACUUUGCAUUGGAUUUUUAUAGAAGUCAGAAUCGGCUUUUAUAAGCAGAGUUUAACAACUCUCUCAAAAUUGUCCCUACUCAGUUUUCAUUGUACACACACACACACACACACACACACACACACACACUUCUCCAUGUGUAAGCUUUCCAUUCAGAGAUCAAAGAUAUUUUCAAAGAAGCUCUCCAUGUACAAGUGUCAUAUAGCCAGAGAGAAAGGACCUAUCUAGUCUUAAUAGUUCAGUAUUGCAAAGGAGAAUGUUCAGGUUAAGCAGGAUCAUGCAGGCAGUUUAGAGAAAAGCUACUUUUGCUUUUGAAAUUGCAUUGCUCCACCUCAUUCCACUGGCAUUCCCCACUGGCAACAUUUUAAAGCCUGGUCAGAUUAUCAGAAGGGCAGUCUUUAUUCAAAAAAAAAAAAAUUAAAACAAAUUGACAGUGUGUUCCCACAUCCAGUUGCAGUUUAGCCCAGAUGAAUAUGGCAUGUCGAUUCCAGCAUUGUUUUUAUGUUAAGCGUGUGUGUGUAUGUGAGAGAGAGAUUGUGCAUGCUCAUAGACAUAUAACUCUUCCAAAUACUGAAUAUAACAGUCUUAUAUCUUCAGCAGGCUAAUUCCAAAAACAAAACCAGGCUUAAAGUUUAAAGCAGGCUUGUCCAACCUGUGGCCUUUGGUCUACAUGCAUUCCACAAGAUCAUAAACCUUCCACGUUAUUAUGUGGCUUAUAUAUGUUAUCGUCAAUGUGUGAAAUUCAGCAUUUUAUAGAAUGCCUAGGAAAUCUUAUAGUAUGAAACAUUUAACAUGUCUCACAUUUCCUAGGCAUUCUAUGCAGUGCAAAAAGGCAAACCAGAAAAUUAUAAACUAUUCCUGCUAAAAUCCCAUUCUAGCCUUCCUUGUUGCAACAUGUAGGUCAAUGCUGGACUUUUUGUCUGGUUUUUUUUUUUCAGUACGAAAAAACUUUAUUUUUUUCAUUUCUUCUAUUAUUUUCAUAUAUGUCUUUCCAAUAAAGCGAUAGAGUUAGGGUGACAGUUAGCCUAAACCUAAGGCUAAGCUAACCCUAACCCUUUUCAUGUCUCUCUUUCCAUGUUUUUC